GAAAAACUUAACUUGCAGAAAGGGAUUUUUUUCUUCGAGAUUUUCAUUUCUUCAUUGAUUUUUCAUUUUAAAGGAUAUUAAGGCAAACAUGAGUUAUCAAAAGAAUCCUCCUUGGAUUCAAAAGAAUGUACCAGUCGCAAACUUUCAACAGCAAAUGAGUAUACAGCAGCUACAACAGCUUGGAUUUAAUACAGCUUUUCAGCAACAACAACAACAACAAUUUCAUCAUAACCAAAUUCAUUUACCUAUUCAACAAUAUCCAGCAAAUGCUCGGGUCAAUACUAUGGCAUUUCAGCAACAACAGCCUCAACCGACCAUUUCUCAGCAAAAUAGCCAGGCAUCACAACAGUCAACCUCGUCAAACCAGUCAAAAUACAAUGCAAACUUAAAAGUAUUUUCAGGUACCGGAAUUGUAUCGAAGAUACAGAACGACAUUGGAUUUAUAGACGAUGAAGUUUUGUUUCAUAAGAAUGUCUGCGUUAAAGGGCUCUCUCCAAAGCUUGGUGAUCGAGUUCUUGUUGAGGCUGCAUAUAAUCAAAAUAUGCCAUUCAAAUGGAAUGCUACUCGCGUUCAAGUAUUGCCUCGAGCAAAUACAUCAUCUACGAGUAAUUCUGUUGACAAUAAAUCUUACAGUCAACAUGAAACAUCCAACGAUUCUUAUAGAAAUCGUCGCUAUUCUCCGGAAAGAGAUCGCCGCAAUGAAAGACGCCCACGUUCCAGAGAUAAUCGCGAUAAUGAUAAUUCUAUUGUACCGGAAGAUAAUGAUCGUAAAAGACGCCGAGAUGAGCGAGAACGUCCUCGUAUACGUGAAAGUGUAGAGAUUCGUGACAGAACAAAAAGUCCAAUAAGAAGACCAUCACCAAAACGUAGACGUGCUCAUAAUAUUCCUCGUUAUAUGGUUCAAAUUCCGAAAAUUUGUCUAUCCCUUUCGAAUCUGGAUGUUUUUGAAGUCAAGCGUCGCUAUCCGAAUCUUUAUAUUCCAUCUGAUUUUACUUCCCAUGAGAACAAAUGGAUGAAUGUCUUUCCAAUGCAUAAACCAUUUUCUAUCCAGAAACCAUGCAGUUUUCAUAUCAUGAAGGACGUUACUCCAGUCGAUGAAACUAUUGCUGAAUGUGUCCUAGAUCCAAGCGAUGCUGAUUAUUCAUGGUCGGCAAAAGUCAUGCUCUUAUCUAUGCCAGCAAUUUCUGACAUUUAUAAGAAGUGUAUUGUACGUGCAGAAGACAGCGAUAAACACGAUGAUGCUGAUUUCAUUCAUCCAAGUCGCUUAAUUAACUUCUUAGUCGGUGUUCGUGGUAAAAAUGAAACCAUGGCUAUUGGAGGGCCUUGGAGCAAGAAACUUGAUGGUGAAAAUCCAGAAAAUGAUCCAAGUGUUUUGAUUCGUACUGCAAUCCGAACAUGCAAGGGAUUAACUGGAAUUGAUUUAUCAAAAUGCACUCAAUGGUAUCGAUUUGUAGAAUUAAAAUAUCGUCGUACAGAGCAAAAUAAAAAAGAGGGCGAUAGUGGCAGCACGAUUAAGCCAGCACGAAUCGAAACUGUUGUUAUAUUUUUGCCUGAUGUUCACUCUUGUAUGCCUAAUCGAAGUGAGUGGGAAGGCGUUCAGCAACAAUAUAAGCAAGCAUUAGAAAAACUUUUAACAGCUGACAACGAUCCAGUUCCAGAAGAGGAUGAGGAGAUUAUCGAAAAAGUCGAUAGUGUUGUUGCUGCUUCAGACGAGAUAAUUGACAUUGCGGCUCCAUCAGAAAUUUCAGCGAAAACUGACGAAAAUUCAACAACAACUGCGCUGGGUGACAAGGAUGAAAAGGAGACUGAUUCGAAAACAGAAGACAUUUCGGACGGAAAAGAUCUUUCAAUUGAUGGUGAGGCCAGUGAAGUAAAAUCUGAUGAAAUUGAAUUGGAUCCAUCAACUAUGAAAGUUACUGAAUUGCGUGCAGAACUUUCAGCUCGUAGCUUAUCAACUAAAGGUUUGAAAAACGAACUUGUUGAACGCUUGCAACAAGCACUUAAUCCAGACUCUAUGGAAACUGACAAUGCUGAAAAGGCUGAUGAGAAAGCCGAAGAAAUGCAAGUUGAAGAACAAGAUGAAAAUGUCGAGAAGACAAAUAUUGAAGAUGAUAAUUUGCAAAAAGAUCAAGAUAUGGACAUGAAUAUUGCAGAAAUGGAUAUGUCUGAAGUUACUGUAAUUGAUGAGUAUGAUUCUACAAAAUGUGACGAGCAGGAAGAGAAAGUAAGUCAAAAGAAAAAACUAGAACCGAAAAAGAUGGACGAAAAAGAAAAAGCAAUGUGGGAAAAACGUUAUGUCUUGCCAGAUUCUCCACAUAUUGUUGUCCAUCCAUCUAAAACGGCUCGGAAUGGAAAGUUUGAUUGUACUGUCGUUUCUUUGUCAUUAUUAUUGGAUUAUCGUAAGGACGAUACUAAGGAACAUUCAUUUGAAAUUGGAUUGUUUGCUGAAGCUUUUAAUGAAAUGUUGAUGAGGGACUUUGGAUUUAAUAUUUAUAAAUCAUUUAAUGUCUUGAGUAUUAAUAAUAAACCAAAAGAAGUUAAGGAUGAUGAAAAGAAGAGCGAUGAUGCAGAGAAUGAAAAAUCCAAUGAUACUUCUGAAAAUCCUGAAGAAUCAAAAGAUAAAGAUAAAAAGGACAAAUCAAAGCGUAGUGGAACUGACAAACGUCAUGAAGACUCUGACGAUCAAAGUGAUCAUAGUCGUAGACGUGGUGUAGAAAAAGAACGUGCUAUAAAGCAAAUUACAGCAUUUCCUGACUUACUUCUCUCAUUUAAUUAUUUCGAUCAAACUCAAUGCGGAUAUAUCUUUGAGAAAGAUAUUGAAGACUUAUUUUACUGUCUCGGUAUUAAUUUAGCUCGUUCUCAAAUCCGAAAAUUGACUGAGAAGUUCAUUACUCGAGAUUCUUUGUAUUAUCGUAAAUUAACCGAUCGUCAAGCUGAUGCGCCAGUAUCAAAUCCAUUUGAAAGUCUCACUGAAGAACAACUCUUAACAAUGGUCCAAGGAAAUAGACCACAAGCAUCACAAAACACUGAAGUUGUCACUCAAUCGAAUGAAAUUGUGACAUUUGAAGGAACAACAGUUAAUUUGAGACAAAUUAUUUAUCAAAUGAAGAGAAUUGAAACAGCUUAUGAGGAAAGUGAAAAGUCACUUGUUGACUUGAGAAAGAACAAUUCUGAUUUAAAGAGCUCCAAUCAUAAGAAUGAAAAACGCAUUAAGGAUCUAAGUGCUGAUUUAAAAUCAGUUUCUCGUAAACUACAGGAUACUGAAUCUAACUUGAAUAGCGUUACUAGAAAAUACAAUGAAUGCUUUUCAACGAUCCAAACCAUUAAUGAGCGCAUCGCUCCAGUUAUUGCAAGGAACGAAAGAUCUCGUGAUCGUGAAAAUCGCAAGUCUGAAAAAUUGGAUAAAUCUGAUAGUAAGAAGGAAAAGCCAAAAGACGAAGCAGUCAAGUCAACAACAAGUGACAGCAAGCUAUCAACAUCUGAAUCUAAGGUCGCAACAAAGGAAGAUAAAACUGUUAAGGCUGAAAAGGUGGAAAUUAAGGAAGAACAGUCGAACGCAGAAAAGAGCGAUGACAAGAAAACUGAUGCAAAAAUUGUCGAGGAAUCAUUGUGAAUUGCUAAUACUUACUAACCACUUCUCUUCUAUUUUUUUUUUUUUCUUACUAAUAACAGUUUUAUGAAAUAAUUGAUGAUUAAUGAACUUAUGAAUAUUGAAAAGUAUAUAAUAAAAAUUUAGAUUGUCAGAU